UUGGCGUAUCCUUGGCUAUUUAUGCCGCAGCUCGCGGAGAUAACUUGCCCACUCCGCCUCGCACAACACCACCACCACCCGACCCGAUCCGUCGCCACUCGAGAUGGCCGCCGCCGACCCCAUGGCGCCGCACGCGCUCCUCCUCCCUUACCCGGCGCAGGGCCACGUGAUCCCGUUGAUGGAGCUCGCCCACCGCCUCCUCGACCGGGGCUUCGCCGUCACCUUCGUCAACACCGAGUUCAACCACCGCCGCGUCGUGGGCGCCGCCGCCGCGGGCGCGUCAUCAUCAGCUGGAGGCCGGCGCCUGCGGCUCGUGGGGGUCGCGGACGGGAUGGACGACGGAGAGGACCGCGACAACCUGCUCCGGCUCAACGCCACCAUGAAGGAGGCCAUGCUGCCGCAGCUGGAGGCUCUCCUCGACGGCGAAGGGGGCGCUGCUGGCAAAGGCCUGGGCAGGGUGACGUGCGUCGUGGUCGACGCCGGCAUGUCCUGGGCGCUGGACGCGGCCAAGCGGCGGGGGGUCCCCACGGCCGCACUCUGGCCAGCGUCAGCGGCAGUGCUCGCCGUGAUCCUGGGCGCCAAGAACCUCAUUCACGAUGGCGUCAUCGAUGACGACGGAGCUCCGGUUAAACUUGAGAACAAUUCGUUCCGUCUGGCCGAGUCCAUGGCGCCAAUGGACGCGACCUUCCUCUCCUGGAACUACAUGGGCAACCGCGACAAAAAGCGCAUGGUCUUCCACUACCUCACCACCAGCGCGUGGGCCGCCGACGCCAAGGCGGACGUCCUCCUCUGCAACACCUUCGCCGAUCUCGAGCCGGACAUCUUCACCCAGCACUCCCCUGCCUCCAUCCUCCCCAUCGGCCCACUCCGCACAUGGCAGCGCUCAACAACAACAAGCGAGGCGCUGGCCGGGCACUUUUGGCGCGCCGACGACGAGGACUGCCUGUCCUUCCUCGACGCGCAGCUACGGGGCUCCGUCGUGUACGUGGCAUUCGGUAGCUUGGCCGUCAUGAGCCCCGCGCAGCUCCAGGAGCUUGCGGUUGCUCUGGACGCCUCCGGCCGCCCGUUCCUGUGGGUCUUCAGGCCGGGGUUGGCAGGCAAGCUGCCGACCGCGUUCACGGACCUAGUGGCACGACAUGCUGGGAGGGGGAAAUUUGUCAGGUGGGCACCGCAAGAGAUUGUGCUGGCACACUCGGCCGUCGGGUGCUUCGUGACGCACUGCGGGUGGAACUCGACGUUGGAGGGCAUCCGCAACGGGGUGCCUCUGCUAUGUUGGCCUUACUUCACCGACCAGUUCGCCAACCAGACGUACAUCUGCGAUAUCUGGAGGGUGGGAAUAAGGGUGGCGACGGUAGGCAGGGAAGGUAUUGUGACCAAGGAGGAAAUCACUGAGAGAUUGGAGAGCUUGCUGGGUGACGGUGGUGUUAAGGAAAGGGUGAAUAAGUUGAAGGAGUUGGCGGAGAGUAGCAUGAGUGGAGAGGGGCAGUCUUUGAAGAAUCUCAACGCCUUCAUGGAGUCUAUAAGGAAGUGAAUAUCACAGCAUGGUUUAUUUCCCUGAAGUUGCAGUUUUUUUUUUCGAAACGAACCGAGCGGAAGAGCUGCUGAUUAUAUUAAAAAGAAGAAGGUCCAGAUUGGAUAGUUACAACGCAACAAUAGGUGCAAAGAAGAUAAAAGAAACUAACUACAACCUUUUGUAUGGAAUGUAUUAACAGCGUGCUAGUAAAGCGGAAAGCUGCUUUGCCCCGGCCGUAGUCCACAUCGCGGCCUUGUCUUUAAUUCUUCCAAA